AUGUACUCAAAACUGAAGUUCCUCCAAGGCAAUUCGACUUCCUCAGUUCGAUCAGCCUCUCAAUUCCUCAUAGACCUCCGAGGUCGGAGAAUUCAAUCGGACGAAGUCAUGGUCUCCUUCGAUGUGACGUCGCUAUUCACAUCUAUCCCACCAAACGUGGCCCGCGAAGUCUUGCGCAAGAGACUUGAAGAGGCGUACGAUGAGACUCAGAAUGCCCUCAAAAUUGAACACCUCAUGAGGCUGUUUGAAUUCUGCCAACAAAAUUUCUUCACUUUGGCGGGAGAGACCUAUGAACAAAUCAAGGGAACCCCUAUGGGCUCACCAGUCUUCGGUUUGGUGGCAGAACUGGUCCUACAGGAGUUGGAAAAGAUUGCCUUCCUCCAACAUGAACCGGUGUUUUGGCGACGUUACGUUGACGACACGUUCGUCAUCGUAAAGAAGGACAUGCUGAAACAUUUUCACAGCCUGCUCAACGCAGUCUUCCCGGAUAUAAAAUUCACGAGAGAAGAAGAACAGGAGCAGAAGUUGCCCUUCCUGGAUGUGCUCGUCAGACGAAACCUUUACGGUGAACUUGAAACGACGGUUUAUAGGAAGGCAACGAACACCACACAGCUUCUCAGUUUACACAGCAACCAUCCGGUGGCUCACAAACGAAGCUGUGUGAAGACGCUCUUCAAACGGAUCCAAACUCAUUGCAGCAAACUGGAAGACAGAGCGCGUGAGGCCCGUUAUCUCCGCGACCAGUUUGUGCAAAAUGGCUAUCCGAGGGCAUUCAUAAGUCGCUGCCUACGCGGUCGCCACCAGAGAACUCAAACAUCAACGCCACCGACGAUAUGGCAUGCUCUGCCAUACAUCAAGGGUGUUUCAGAAGCGACCGAGCGCAUUGCUGCGGAGCUAGGGGUUGGAAUCGCACACCGCCCCAAAGCCACCAUGCGCAACAGGGUCAUGAAGAUCAAAGACCGGUUAAAACCCGAAGAGCAAUGUGGAGUAGUGUAUCGCAUUCCGUGUCAAAAUUGUCCUUGUAAUUACACAGGACAGACUGGACGCAUACAUGAACAUAAGCUGGCUGUGCGGCGAGGCGACGCAUUGUCACAAGUGGCUGCCCACACCUACGAAAUGGGUCACGAGUUUAACUUCGCAGCCACCAAAAUAGUCGCCCACGCCAGAAACAAAACAGGCCGAGAAUUGAUUGAAGCCUGGGCCUCGGAUGAGAACUCGGUCAAUCGAUUUAUCGAUCUGGCGCCGGCGUACAGAGCCCUUCGUAGUCACCUCCAGUCGUGCGACGUCGGUCGAUGA